AUGCGGUCGAUGGAGGAAACGCAGGUGCGAUGGGAGGCCACCAUCAAGCACUGCACGUCCGUUUCCGACCUCCAGCGGGCAGUCAAGAAUAACGGCCCGUCCAGUCCAUGUCUAUCCGGAUGCCGCUCCGUGUGCUGGAAGACCUUCCUCCUGUUUCAGGAGACUGGCACCGAUAGCUGGAUACAAACAUUGCGCCAUGUCCGAGAAACCUAUGCAGAACGGCGAGACCACUUCUUGAAGUUUAUUCGUCAUCCCGAGGCUCUUGCUGAAAUUAGCUCAGAUCCCCUCAAUGACGACCCCGACUCACCUUGGAACACGCUCAGGCAAGAUGAAUUGAUCCGCGCCGAAAUUGAGCAGGACGUGAAGCGUCUCCCCGAUGAGGCCAACUACCACGAGCCUCGCGUCCAGCUUCUCAUCAUCGACGUCCUCUUCAUCUACUGCAAACUGAAUCCCGGCCGCGGCGGCUACCGCCAAGGCAUGCACGAGCUGUUAGCACCCAUCUUUCACGUUUUGGAGCAAGACGCCGUCAAUCGCGCGACUCUCGUUGAAAAUGACCUGCUCGAUGUCGCCAUGCUGGAGACGCUCGACGCCGCCUACAUCGAACAUGAUGCCUACGCCGUCUUCUCCAAGCUCAUGGAGCGCGCCCAGUUUUUCUACGAAGUCAAGGAUGCGGUGCCAGGUAUGCCGUCGCUUCAAGAGACCAGCUCAGCCAUAGUAGACAGAAGCAAACAUAUUCACCAAGUCUUGCUCAACAAGAUUGAUCCCGAUCUCGCUGCCCAUCUCACCAACAUUGAAAUCUUGCCACAAAUUUUCCUCAUCCGCUGGAUACGUCUGCUUUUUAGCAGAGAAUUCCCGUUUAACCAGUUCCUCAUCCUCUGGGAUACCCUCUUCGCCGUCGACCCUUCAUUAGACCUCAUUGAUUUCGUCAGCUGCGCCAUGCUUCUUCGCAUCCGCUGGCAGCUUUUGGAAGCCGACUACUCGGUCUGCCUUCAGCUUCUCCUCAAAUAUCCCGCCCCAGACCCCCAGCAUGGCCCGCACACCUUUGUCGACGAUGCCGUCUACCUGCGCAGCCACCCCGACUUCCCGGGCGGCUCCCACAUCAUCGCAAAGUACACGGAUCGAUCGCCUGCCACGCCCGGCGCAUCAGCCACCAGCCCAACCACAGCUGCAGCGCGACGCGGCCUCGAAAGCAUCCGGCAGCGUGCGCUGCGUACCAGCGGCGCGCAGCUGCCCGGUGGCGGUGUCGGUGUGGAGCAGCUAAUCCAAGGCGCGGCGAAGAGCGCGCGCGCCGCGUUUGAAAAGGGCGAGAAGUUGGGCAUCAACCAGGCGGUGCGCGAGGCUAUGGGCGAAUUGCGCCGCAACAUGCAGAAUCUGAACGACGCUAGAGUCGCGCCGCGACCACCGCAUGGGGAUGACGCCACCGUGGCGCUGGCAGCGUUUGACAGGCGCAGCAAGCAGCUGGCGGGCUUCCUGAACGAGACGGUGGCGGACCUCAAGGCGCUGUCGGCUUCGAAUCUGGAUGACAAGGUCAAGAGCCUGCAGAUGCUCGAGGUGGCGGCCGCCAAGGUGCAGUUUGUGCAGAUUUACCUCGAGGACCCGACCAUGGACGUGCCACCAUUUCGAGGAGAUGCGUCUCGAGAAUCGGAGGAUACGGUGUUGGAGCGCACAAAUAAUACGUCUGAAGGCCAGGAUUUAAAGACACAGGAUACAGAGAAGCAGGAUGCAAAGCAGCAAGAUGCAGAGGAGAAACAUGUGAAGAAGCAGAAUGUAAAGAAACAAGAGUCAGCUGUUGAGCAGAGUCCCGGAACACCGCCGCAGACAACGGGAGAGGUCUCGCGCACGACCGCAGCAGAUGAGCGGCCAGCUGUUCCAGAGAAGUCUGGCCCGGCAGAGACGAAGAAACCUACCAGAGCGACGCAGCUUGCAGACUCUGCAGCAACCGAAGCAAGCAAGACUCCGACCACGUCAUCACAGCCUGAGACGACAGCUUCCCCCAAAGAGACCCCGGCCACGGACUGCCCGGAACCAACAGGAUCAGCCCCGUCAGAACAAACAGAAACCCCUGGCAAGCCAUCAGCCGCCACGCCAGCCCGGCCGCCCCUCCCCGCCGUGCCCACGCGGUCCACGAUUGCGCAGUCGUCGUUUUCCUGGAUGCUCGAGCCCGACGAGUCUACCCCUUCCGCGGCGGCCGCCGCUGCCGGCAGCAAGUCGCCGCAGAUGGGAUCCAAGAAGCGCAGCUCCAACCUGAGCCGCGAGCGCAACGCGUUUCUCUUCGGCGACGGGGACGGCGAUGCGGGUGGUGAUCCGCUGGCGACAAACAACAUCUUUGGACUGGAGUCGAUGAGCAAGGUCAAGGGCAAGUGA